AUGGCGCCCGUGUGGCCGGCACGAAGGGGGCGGACAGGGAGUUUGGGGACGCGUGGAGGAGUUUCACCGGUUGAAUUCAGAAAUAAGAAUGUGAAACGGAAAACGUGGCGACCUAAUCAUCUGCAAGCCUUCUCGGGGAGCGUUCGAGAAGGACAAGGCUUUGCAUUUCAAAGAAAACUCAAGAUUCAGCAAACUUAUAAGAAAUUACUCCGGAGGGAAAAGAAAUCUCAACCACCAAGUGAAUCCCCCUUCACAGAUUGGUAUCCUGAUCAUCUGAAACAUCUUUAUUUAGCUGAAGAGGAAAGACUCAGGAAGCAGCUUAGAAAAGCUGACCAGCCUCUGUCAGAAGAACAAGUUCAUCAGCCUUUGCCAGAAGACCAAGGUAGCAAUGACCAGGCUUUGUCUGAAGAACACUGUAGCAUUGAGCAGCCUCGGCCAGAAGAACAGUGUAGCAUAAGAAUAAACUCCAUUAAUAUUCCAAAGAAAAAUAAAAAGAAAACAUCAAAUCAAAAAGCGCAGGAAGAAUAUGAGCAGAUACAAGCCAAGCGAGCUGCUAAGAAACAAGAAUUUGAGAGGAGAAAACAAGAGAGAGAAGAAGCCCAAAGGCUCUACAAGAAGAAGAAAAUGGAAGUGUUCAAAAUACUGAGCAAAAAGACUAAAAAGGGCCAACCAAACUUGAAUUUACAAAUGGAGUAUCUUCUAAAAAAAAUACAAGAAAAAAAUUAA